AUGUCUGCAAUCGUGCCAGCUCGUUUCGUUUCUCAAUUCCGCAUAUCACGCCCUAGACUAUCGUUAUCCUAUUCUUAUUCCACCCACCCUCCUUCACCCAGCCUUUCUCCCGCCAAUAACCAUCAUGUGAAACCUGACACCGAGUCUGAAGACGAUGCAGAGGAACAACGGCAGCGGAAACGAAAGACGGAGUGGAAGCGCAGGCAAGGAGGCCAGAGCUUUCUUGACCAUCUCAUCAUCAACGUCAGGGGAGGCAAAGGCGGGAACGGAUGCGUCGCCUUCCAUCGCGAAAAAUUCGUGCCCAUGGGCCCUCCAUCCGGCGGGAACGGCGGACGCGGAGGAGACGUCUACAUCCUCCCCACCCCGCACCUCACCACCCUCUCCUCCAUCCCCAAACGCGUGCGCGCCACCUCGGGCGCCAACGGCCAAGGCACCUGGCAAAACGGCAAAAACGCCCCUCCCGUCAUCCUCAAAGUCCCCCUCGGCACCGUCGUCCGCGAGCUCCCGCGCGACGACCCGCGGCGGACGAAGGACGAGUGGGAGGCGGAGGAGGAGGCGCUGGAGGGCCUCGGGAUGGAGGAGAGGAGGAUGAAGAUGAGGGAGAGGCGGUGGGUGCAUUAUCCGAGGGCUCAGGACGAUAAUGUGAAGAGGGAUGUGUUUCAGCAGGCGGAGGCGGCGCUGUGGAGGGAGGAGAGGGAGAGGAGGUGGGUGAGGAGGCAGAAGGCGCUGAAGCCUGUGUAUCUUGAUUUGGACAAGGUGGAGGAUACGACUCCCCCGGUGGACGCGCCUUUGGGGACGGGGAAGCAUGAGUUUAUGGGCCAUUUGGUCGUGUCGGGGGGUGCGGGGGGUAUGGGCAAUCCUCAUUUCUUGUCCCAGGUCAAUCGUUCGCCGAAGUUUGCGACGCGUGGGCUGGAGGGAGAGAGGCUGACGUUAUACUUGGAGCUCAAGAUAUUGGCUGAUGUGGGGCUGGUCGGGAUGCCGAAUGCUGGGAAGAGCACGUUGCUGAGAGCACUCACGGGCGGGAGGGCCAAGACGGAGGUGGCGAGUUACGCGUUCACGACGCUGAAUCCUAUUGUGGGGGUUAUAAGAGUUGCGGAGGACGGGACGUUCGAGGGGGGUUUACAAGGCGGAGGCGUGUAUGAGGAAACAUUGAUAGAAGAACAGAAAUCGCGCGAGGCCAACGAAAGUGCCGCCCAGACCUCCGCGGAUGCUGCCCCCCUGCAAGAGGGCGGGGCAGGUCCUGAAUGCGCUGGCAUACACGACGAGGGGUACCGUCCAGGCCACCACUUUGAUAUCGUAGAAACCUUCCGGUUCACGAUCGCCGAUAACCCAGGGCUCAUAUCCCGCGCGUCGGAGAACGUAGGGCUCGGCCACUCCUUCCUGCGCUCGAUGGAACGUUCCCUCGCCCUCGUCUACGUCGUCGACUUGUCCCUCGACGCCCCCUGGGACGAAUUGCGCGAUCUGAGGGAAGAGCUGGAGAAGUACCAGCCUGGGAUGAGUAGCAAGGCGAGGAUGGUCAUCGCGAACAAGGCGGAUCUCUUGGGGGGAGAUGGGGGAGACGAGGAGGACGUGAGGGAGGCUAGGGAGAAACUUGCUAAGCUGGAGGAAUAUGUGAAGAGGGAGAUGGUGGUCCCCGAUACACGACUACAGGAUUCUGAGGUGGCUCGAGGACGGACGUUGGAUGUGGUGCCGGUUUCGGCAAAGUAUAGCCUGAAUCUGAGGAAGGUGGUGGGUAUGAUGCAGCAGUAUAUAAAGGAAGCUAGGAAUGCUUCUUGA